UCAGCGACACCGGGUCGCAGCGAUUUCGAAUUGCCGCCCUCCCAAAUCCGAAAACCCAAAUCCAUCCCCACCGCACCUCCGCUCCGCGCACCCUCCCGCACGCUCCCCGCGGCGGCGCCCGGAUGGCCGCAACCGCCGCCGGCGACGGCGUCGACGACGACAACGGGUGGGAGAUCUGCAACGACCACGGGUUCGUGUACAAGCGCCGGCGUGGCCUCCACCCGCCCGACCGCGAGGAGGACCCCGCCGCCGUCGCCGCGCCGUCCUCCACCCCGGGGCCGCCCCCCGAGGUGGUCCUCCGCCGCCGCCGACGCCAGGCGCUCCUCCGUCUCCGCGCCAAGUACCUCGACGAGCUCUCCCGCUGGGAGUUCCUCUCCUCGGGCCUCCUCGCGCCGCUCCCGGCCCCGCAGGCGGCUCCUCCCCGACCGCCUUCCGAUCCCGUCUCCGCCGCCCCGCCUCCCGACUCCUCCUCCUCCGACCUCGCCGUCGUCGACGACCUCCUCUCCCAGGCGGAGGCGACGGAGGAGCUGCUCAAGAAGCUAUCGCAAGCGUGCGAUGAGAUCAACGAGUUCUGCCGCGCGCACGAGGCUGCCCUCGUGGAUGCGGUCGCCGAGCUGCCGGUAUGGGGCGAUCCACGGGAGCUUAUGAACUCCUUGUGCCGCUCCGCCGAGCAGCCUGACCCUGGAAGAGGAAUUGUGAAGCCAGUAUACAGUCCAAAGGAGAGCUUGUAUACAGAGGAUGUGUUGGCUUCCUGCGAGUGCCAAGUACUAAAUAUAAUCCUCCAUCAAAUUAUCCCCAUGACAUCUGUCUCUUGUUCUAUUGCUCUUUAGUUGAAAAUUUGAAGACAAGCUGAUCACUGAGCUGGAUGACAUCAGCCACUUUGCAUUGGAUGUCCUGCAGGUAUGAAUAUUUGUUUUGACAAGCAAGUGGAAUUUAUGGUGCUUUUUGUUAGGAAAAUGAUAACAUUCUUCAUAGAAAGUUACGAGGCAGAUUGUGGUUAGUUCUUUGAUGCCUAAAUAUAAUUACCAACUCGAUUACAGCCUAGCCUGCAUAUUUCAAUUUUUUUAUUAACCUGGUAAAAUCAUACCAUUUUUUCAUUUGGUACAAUUAUUGUGUUACUUUUAGCUUUCAGUGUUGACCUCAGGGAAUAAAGUGGAAUUCUUUAGGCUCGCUAAGAAGAAAUGUCCAUGUUAAGUGAAGCGCCUGUUGUGCAAACAAAUACAGUAGGUAGAUAUCCAACUAUUAAGAUGUAUUUGUGAGGCAUAACGUGUAAAGUGGGUGGAAUAGAGUGAGGAAAAUCAGUAAGAUUAGUCGUAAGCAAAAAGAAGCAAAACUUAUCUCAGAAUAAUAGUCCCUUGCCUUCCAAAAAACCUGAGUGAAUUGUCUUGUAGUGUAGUGUUUCAUGCUUUUAACAUCUUGCGAUCUUGCCACUGAAAUGUCUGUUGGAUCGAUAUAUGCAUGUAAAAUUAAUCCUUUGGUUCUUGAUAUACUUAUACUUGACAUAUCUUUCAUUGAAUCUAAACAUAUCGUGACCUCUACUCUGGCACAAUAUUAUUAUCACCCUUCUAUUCUUGUGGUCUUUUGAGUUAGUAAAGAAGUAAUUGUAUCAUUGCAGAUUACUUAUAAAACAACUGUGCUUGCCAAUUGUGACAACGAGUUUAAUCCUGAGGCUAUUAUUUUGAUUGAAUGAAUUCAUAUAUAGCAUAAACAACAAUUGUCAAAACUCAGGCUUACUGAGAACAGUUAUCAAACUCCGUUAUAUGCAAGUUGUGCAAGAAAGAAACAUCGCAAGGUACGCAUCCAUCGUAUGAAGAUGCAUUUGGUGAUGCAUAUCAGCUGAAUAUUGAAGGGAGCAAAGUGAAAAGGAGAGGAAUCAUCGAAGAAGAGGAGCCGUGGCCGCGAGCAACAACAAGCUCAUGGCUAGACCAAACCAAUUGUCUUGAUGAUGAUGUCUUCGAUCAUCCUGUAUACAAACUAGUUAUUUUAGUGGUUGACAUGUUUAGUGUAGUCUGACCCUGUGUGACUUUUCAUUCUUGAGUUAUAAUGUUAACCUGGUGCAAGGUAUACUCUAGUGCAGAACUGGUGAAUGGCAGGAAACAUUAGUUCCUUCAAAUGCCAUUUCGUAGAAAUAUUAACUGGCAAUAGCCAGUCGCCUUGUUUCUUGACGUACUGUGUUUUGUCAUAUUAAUUCCCAAUAAAGAAUAAACCCUUGGU